UAUGCAGAAGAAAUAGCCGGGAUUGAGUAAGACAGUGAGUUUUCUCUUCCCGGACAGCCAGAGAUUAACCCCGGUGCUUCAAACUACCCACCCACUUCAGUCCCGUUUCAGUCCCGCUGGAGUAGCUUAAACGAGCGGAUCUGAAGCCGCAGAACCAGCGCUUGGCUUCUGGAUCCACCGAAACUGCUUAUAUUUCAGCCAACGGGCUUCUUUCGCCUACAGAGCCUUGGUACAUGCGAAUGACGAGAGCAUAGAACUGACUCCGGUUUUAUCACGGUUUCUUUAUCGUCUUAAAGAUAACGGACUGUUAUCAUUAUCGAUUACGAUCUGAGAAGGCAAAACACUAAGUUUUGAGUGAGUUAAGAGAGAUUUGCGUAAAGAAGAAGAGAGAAAAGAGGAGAGAGUCCCCCCACAUGAGGGCGAAAUCUGACUGAACUUCAUUCUGCCAUUCACACAAUAUGAAGAAAUGUCUGAGGAGACAGAGUUGGAUGUGAGAGGCAGUGUGGUGUGGAGAGAGCAAGAUCGAGAGAGGGCACGCGAGUCCAUAGCCCGAGCCAGCGGCAGCAGCAGUGGUGCAGGGGGAGGAGGAGGAGGAGAGAGCUCCAUGCAGUUCAGCACCAAACCGGCCAGCGCCGAGCCGGGCUUCAUGGGGACAUGGACACAGCAGAGCACUGACAGCAACCUCGUCUUCAGAAUGUCCCAGCAGGCCAUCCGCUGUACUCUGGUAAACUGCACAUGUGAAUGUUUCCUACCUGGAAAAAUCCACCUAAGGACAUGUGACCAGUGCAAGCAUGGAUGGGUCGCUCAUGCUCUCGACAAGCUGAGCACACAGCAUCUAUACCAUCCGACACAGGUGGAAAUCGUGCAGUCCAAUGUGGUAUUUGACAUCAGUAGUCUGAUGCUGUACGGGACUCAGGCAGUACCUGUGAGGUUAAAAAUCCUGCUGGACCGUCUGUUCAGUGUCCUUAAACAGGAAGAGGUUCUGCACAUCCUCCAUGGCCUGGGCUGGACGCUUAGAGACUAUGUUAGAGGCUACAUAUUACAGGAUUCUGCAGGCAAGGUUCUGGACAGAUGGACCAUAAUGUCACGAGAAGAAGAAAUCAUCACUUUGCAACAGUUUCUACGCUUUGGUGAAACCAAGUCUAUUGUGGAGUUGAUGGCCAUCCAGGAAAAGGAAGGACAAGCAGUCACUGUGCCAUCAUCAAAAACUGACUCUGGCAUCAGAACUUUUAUUGAAAGCAAUAAUCGUACACGUAGUCCCGGGCUUCUUUCACACCUGGAGAAUAAUAGCCCCUCUAGUAUUCACCAUUUCGAGAACAUCCCAAACAGUCUUGCCUUUUUACUGCCCUUUCAGUAUAUCAAUCCAGUGUCUGCCCCAAUGUUAGGACUGCCACCAAACGGACUGACCAUGGAGCAAUCAGGUCUCAGAAUGCGAGAUGCAAAUCUUCCCGGUCAGAGUGAGCCAGUGGAGACCAGUGAGUCUGAAGUGUCGCUCUCUCCAUUUUGUAGUGGUCAAAGCCCCAGUCGAGGAGCAGUGGGGGGCUUGCCCAACUCAAUUGAACUUAAGACAGAACCCAGCAGAGCUUCGUCAAUCUCCCCAACACCAUCAACACACCACUCCCAGCGGUCACAAACACCACAGCAGCAACAGCAGGUGCAGCAGCAGCCAGGCACUAUGAACAACCACCAAAUCCAUCACCAUUUUGAAAAAAAUGAACAAUCCAAGACUAUUACACACUCCUCAUUCUCUUCCAAAAUGCAUCGCAUACGUCGUAUGGGUGCAACCUCGCGCAAGGGUCGUGUCUGCUGCAACUCCUGCGGCAAGACUUUCUAUGAUAAAGGCACCCUCAAGAUCCACUAUAAUGCUGUGCAUCUCAAGAUUAAACAUCGUUGUACUAUUGAAGGCUGCAACAUGGUUUUCAGCUCACUGCGCAGUCGGAACCGCCAUAGUGCCAAUCCCAAUCCACGCCUCCACAUGCCUAUGUUAAGAAACAACCGGGACAAGGACCUAAUUCGCUCCGGUUCUGGUACAGCCACACCUGUCAUAUCAAGUUCAAAAAGUGGCUUCACUCUAACAAGCCCUGGGCGGCCUCCGCUAAGUUUUGCCACCCCUCCUCUCGACCCCAUGUUACAGUCACCUUUGCAGAGCCCACUUGUCUUCCCUUCCCUAAAAUCUGUGCAGCCAGUGCAACCUGUGCCACCUUUUUAUCGCACACUGCUUUCUCCUGCCGACCUAGUUAGUCCUCCCGUGUCCCUGCCCACCAGUCCUAUACUGCCUACCACAACAAACAGCACAUCUUUGACAGACCAGCAACAAUUGAUGUUAUCUGUUGGCUCCCACAACACCCAUGUUUCUGAAACGGCAACAUUUACUCAUUGCCUACCCACAACUCCUACUACCCAAGAUUGCACCACUCUUGACCCGAUGCCUAAAAAGAAGCCACGGAAAUCUAGUAUGCCAGUCAAGAUUGAAAAAGAAGUGAUGGAUGUUGCCGAGGAUUUUUAUGACAAAGAUGAUGAUGAGAAUAGUUGUAACCAUCACCACCACCAUCAGCCAUCCCACCUCCAUAACAAUGUCAAUGGCAACUGCAACAACAACAAUAAUAAAAGCAGCAGCGGCCAUCAUUAUGAGAGCAGCGGACAUCAAUCCCCAUCACAAAAUGAAAUUACUCAAAGUAUAGCCCUUCGAGGCAUACUCCGUCCUGACCCAGCAGAGUGCAGUGGUAGAGGCAAUAAUGACCUGCGUUGUAUUAACAGUUUUACUUCUGAGGACCAAGAUCAUGAACGUGACUUUGAAAAUGAGUCGGAGACAUCCGAAUCCAAGAUACUCUACCGUGAUGAGAUGAUGGACACUGAAAUACAGCAGCCUGUCCUGGGGAGAAAUCUAGAUAAGAAACAGCAACGGGCAGAAGAUGAGGAACACCACCAGAAAGAUUUGGAGGAACAAAGUCAUUCCCCAUCCUCUCAACACCAGCCAGUUAUCAAAAUUAAGGAAGAGAUAAAUGAUCCUACUUAUGAUAUGUUCUGCAUGGGUCAGUACAGCCUUUACAAUGGGGGUAUGGCAGUUGCAACAGCAGCCAGUAUGGCUGCCUUACAUGAAAGUUUUAUCUCUUCUAUUGGCUAUGGAACGAGCCCACCAAAGUUCCCCUCUCAGUCCCCGGAGGGUGAUCUCUGCUCCAGCCCUGAUCCUAAGAUCUGCUACGUCUGCAAAAAGAGCUUUAAAAGUUCCUACAGUGUCAAACUGCACUACAAGAAUGUACACCUCAAAGAGAUGCACGUGUGUACGGUCGCUGGGUGCAACGCUGCUUUCCCCUCCCGACGGAGCAGAGAUAGACAUAGCUCCAACAUUAACCUGCACCGAAAACUACUGACCAAAGAGCUGGAUGACAUUGUACUGGACUCCCAGCUUGUGACCCUGCCUAAGGAUCUGCGUGCUGAGUUCCUGUCAAAGAUCUAUGCUGGCCACCACCUGGGAAUGGAGGGGGUUGGGAGCCCUGCCAGUGUCCCACCACGAGGCAUAGGCCACCAGGAGAUGGGAUCUUCAGCCACCACAGAAUAUUCACUCAGCAACGGCUACUUCCGAGGCACCAAUGAUGACUACAUGGUACUGGACCUGAGCACCACCUCCAGUGUACAGUCAAGUGGCAGCGUGCAAUCCUCACAGGAGUCUGAUGAGGGUAGUGAUGAGGGCAUCCUGCUGGAUGACCUGGAUGGCGCUAGUGACAUUGAGGAGAGCACCCUCAGUACUGGGGACCAAAGUGUGGGAGGGAAAGAAAAGGAUGAGGAAGAGACCCGAAAGUAUGAAAGAGGAAGAGACGCAGAAGAUGAUUUUCUACGCUGUGAUCCCAACAUCUCACCAUCCAUCUUGCCAUCUAGUGGAGGUAAUGGGACAGGAAGCAUUCUAUGCACCAUAUGCCACAAAAUGUACAGUAACAAAGGGACCCUUCGGGUGCACUACAAAACUGUCCACCUGCGUGAAAUGCACAAGUGCAAAGUACCUGGCUGCAACAUGAUGUUUUCUUCUGUGAGAAGCAGAAACAGGCAUAGCCAGAACCCCAACCUGCACAAAAGCGCCCCCUAUACCAUCAUGGUUGAUUAGAACAGAUCCCUCCCUACCCUAUUGCCUCAAACUCAACAUAAUCCUCAAAGCAGCCUCCUCUCUAAUUAACAUAUUUCCAUACCAUAAAAAACAGUCUCAAAACUUGUUGUUAAUUUGAAAAAGACGAAGCCGCAUUGUGUCCAUUGGACACAAUUUUGUUUGUUACUGGAAGCAUAUGACUGAAAAUUAGAAUGCUUAGAUCCCGCCGUCCCUGACUCAAACCUCUUUUCGAUCUUUUAUUUGUGACUGUUGCCUGCAGAAAUGAUAAUAAUUAUGAAAAAAACUCAAUGUAUUUGUGUAUUGACAGUUUUUAAAAGAAUCCCAUAAAAGAGCAUGAAUGGCUUAAAUAUGUAAAUAAUGUCCCGAGGGGCUUUGGUGUAAAACAGUUGUAUUGAUAUGUUUUUUUUUUUGUGCGUGUUAAGGGUGGAAUGGUUGUUUUUAUGUUGAAGUCAAUGACAUUCACUUCAAGACAAAGUAGCAUUUGCCUAGCCUGGUUCUUUUAUGUUGGAUUCUGAAUAUUUUACCUUAAAAAGAGAAAAGAAAAUCAUGUGACAUGUGAUUUGUUUUAUCUACCUGUUAGAUAUUGAGAUGGAGCUAGCAUGCUUUCAGCUCUAAAAAAGUACCUUUCCUUUUAUUUUCUUAUGUUUAUAGCUUUAGCUUUAUAAAAAACUUAAAAGAAAAAAAUAUGUUUUGCACUUUGCAACUAUAUGAGUGGUAUUGUUUAGGAUUAUAAGGAUAACACCUAACAAUGAUGGUUGUCCAACAUGAAGGUAACAUUUUUUUUAAAGAUACAGUACCAGCGGUAAAUACUGCACCUUUAACAGAAAUGUGCCAGAUCUUAUAUGGGAGGAACCACAUCUGACAUAAUUAAAACAAGUAUCCAUUCUAUUUAGCUAGUGUUUCUGGUAUUAAUUCAUUCAAAUUAAUGGCAAUUAAUUUGAAUGCAGUGCAUAAAUGUUACUAAGGAGUACAUGUGUACGGUUACAGGCUGAAUUAGCCUAAGGGUUAGGAAGCAAUCUUUGUACUGCAUGUAGUGUUACUUUAAAAGCAUUAGUAAGACUAUAUUUGGUCUUUACAAAUUUGCUUAGUUUUAUCUUAUAAAACACAAUUUUCAUUUCACAUGUGUUGCACAAAGUGUCCCUAAAGUGUGACCAAAACCACAGUUCAUUCCCCAAAAUCCAAGAUGAUAAAUUAUUAUGAGUCUUAAGGUUUUGCUAUAUUCUCUGUUGCUUUAUUUUUUAUGUCCUCUGCAAAUGGUUUGAAUUCAUAAACUUGUUCUAGGCCAGCAUUGUCUUUUGGCCACACAAUAACAAGACAAUGGGGAAAUCGGUACUAAGUUAAUAAAACUUUGGGUAAUUAAAAAAUAAAAUAAUACGAUUUUUGCUCAUUGAUGUCAGUUGCUCUCAACUGGAAUACAUAAAAAAAACUUAUUUUGAAGGAAUGAAGCAAUACUGGUACUCCAUAAAGUUUAAAAAGGUAUUAAUGCUGAAAUAAAGAUUGACUGGAUUUCGCUGUGUUUAAUGUGAUAGAAGAGGCUGAAUAUCAUUAAAAAUAUAUAGAAUCUGGUAUUUUCUGCCCCUGAUACAGCUAACAACUCACAGCAAUUCAUAAGUGAUCAGUUAAUGUUGCUGGCAUUACAUUGCUUUGUUUCUUUCUCCUCUUCCUCUGUUUUCCUGCUGUAUUAAAAUAUCCAUUUAGAACUAACAAAUGCAAGGCCAUUACUAAAAUCCAUCAAACUGAAUUUUAAAGAUGGGUAAUGUGAUACUGUAUUACAAACUAAAGGAAAUGAUCAACCUCCAGGCUUAUACACUUUCUAGAUUGUAAAACCAAAGACCCAUCUCAAAGCAGGACAUUCGGUCCAAUGCAAUGAUUGGACAAACAUUUUAUGAUCAUGCACAUUCCACAGUAGAUAUUUACUGUAUAUACAGUAUAUAAAUAAUUUUAGACCAUGUUACUUAAUGAUUGCUAUCAGGACAUGAAGAGAGUUUCAACCAGCGUAACAACAAAAAAGACCUUGAGAAGAAAGAAUGGCCUGCCCACCUUCAAAGCAUUAUUACGAUUAUUUGAGUGAGCUCAUUGUCUCUAAGAGAGAAUCCCUUACUGUGUCUGUUGUAGCAUUCAUAUUUAAAAGUGUGUAUAUUUAAAAUAUCAGCCAGAGUGCGCAGAUAGUAUAAAGAGGAAAUUGAUUUGAAAGCAGGUUCUUGUGUCAGUCAUUAAAGUGGAGAAAUAAAUCAAAGAGAUAAUGAGACAAGGGGUGCAGAAAGAACCAAGUAAAAGAAAGAGCCCAAAUUUCUUAGGACAUCUUGCUAGUGUCUUAAAAAUCAAGCAAGAUGUUCUGUGCACAGUAGAGUUGGGCAGUUAGUACUGUCCCAACAUAAGAGUUGGGGUUUUACAAUGGAGUCACUGGCUAAAAGAGUCUAAGCGAGCCUUAAAUAUUUCAUUAGAUAACUGCAGCUCUGAGAACAGGACCAUCACAAACCAUUAACAUCAAAUUGAAUCUCUUUCAAAGAUGAUCUGUAAGCUUGCUGUGUUAUCACAACGUUUCUUUUGAAUACAUAACACAAAACCAGGAACAUCAAAUGAAAUUAAAUUUAUUAUGAUUAUUUUCUUUUAUUAUUUUUGAUUUUCACAUCAGCUAAAUUUCCAAAUCAAACCAGUGUUACAGGGACCAUACCGUAAGUUUACAUACUGUGUGCUUGACAGAAUCUGGAAAAUUAUUUGGAAAAAUAAUAGGAAUUAUAUACAUUGAGGUUUGUUUAUAGUUUACUGACCUGAAUAAGUUGUGUCCACAACACAGAAUAAUAACUGACUAUAACUGCUAAUAAUUGUUACCUUAUCUGGACAAAAAGAAACUUGGAAUUUCAUGAGGGUGAGUAAAUGCUGAAAGAACUUUUUUCCAUUUAAGAGUCAGGUGGAUGUAAACCUUUGAACAGGAUGAUUGAUGUAAAGUGUCACUGUUUUGUUUUCUUAAAAACAUAUGAAGAGUUUAUUUCCAAAACGAGAUAACUUUUUUAUUGUGCAUUCCAAUUAAUAUCAAUCAAACUGCAGUUGGUUUGUUUUGAUUUAAGCCAUAAUAACUUAAAAAUUACAACUAAUUCACACAAUAAAAACAUGAUAACAUAAUAAAAAACAUGUUUUCUAAAAAUAUUUAAAAACGGAGUUAUCUCAUUUUGGAAACAAACUCUUCAUAUGUAUUUUUGUAGCUUCUGAAGGACAUUAUAUUAAUUAAUGAGAUCUUUAAACAAAUAGUACAUUUUGAAACUAAUCAUCGUGUUCAUGCAUUUACAUACACCUGACUGUUUUAUGAUUGUCAUGUUGCCUUCAUGAGCACCAGUGAAUGUUGGUAUAAUAUCUAUUGUAAUAGUUGUGAAUAAUUGAAAUCAGUGUGUAAAGAUGGAUCUCAACAUCAUAUGGCCACUGUUGAAAAGGGUCAAAUGUGCAGAGGAUGCUGGAACAGCAAAGGAUGUGCAGGAGGAUUUUUCGAAUGGGCAGUUUAAUGGCUCAGAUUAAACAACAUAAGACUCACAAAACAUAAAAACAGUCAUCAUUCAUGUAACAGAACAGUAUUAAAAAUCAAGCAUAUGUAAACAUAAAAAAAUAAUUAUUUUUCUGUGCUGUGGACUAUGUAAGCAUCUGUUAUGUGAAAUUGUUUGUUCAGGACAGUACUUAAUAUGAAACAACUUUCAUUUCUAUAUGUUAAAUAUUAAUUCUCUUUUUUUAUGGUCAACAUUUUACAGGUUCGGAAAGGUGUAUGUAAACUUGAUGAUUUUAACUGUACACUGUAUACGGAUAUCAGUCAAAUGAAAAAAAUCCUCUAAUUCAAUGCAAGUUAAAUAUUUACUACUCUUUUUUUGUGCAACAACAUACAAUAAAUAAGCUUGACAUUUUGUGAACCUUUUUUAUAUUUUGUGAACCUGUUCUAAUGUGAUGUUUGUUGUAGAUGAUUGUUUGAUUGUUCUUUUUGCCCACUGAAGAAAAGUGCAUAUACAUCAGAGAAAGUUCACAUCAUAGAUUUACUAAUGGUGACAUUGAUAGCCUACCGAUGCUGUUAAUAGUUCUGUUUUCAUUUACACAAGCCAGAAAGAAUGACAACAUUUUAAACUGAUUUAACAAUAACGUCUUUUGUAUCAUAACCAUUUAAUUUUAUUUUAUUUUCAUUUAUUUUGCAUAAAAUGCAUAUGAUUUGGGGUGUAAAUGGAAUUUUAUUCAUAUUUUGUCCAAAUACCUCUUGAACUUUGUAUCAGAUUUCUUGUACAAUUUUUAUAUUAAAGAUUUAUCAGUCA